GAAUCAUUUAGGCGCCCGACAACCUUACACCAAAUCACCAUUGCGGGCGCCAUUCUAUUUUGGCUACCUUUGGAAAAUUCGCAACGAUUAAUAGCUUAAUGAACAAAAAAAGAAUAGUGUUGGAUACAUAACUUGUCACUUUCGUUACACGAUGCCUCCAGUCUGCUCCAACGCGGGCCACUAUUACUCAACACGCCAUCCGCAGCGCACAUCAGUCGCAUCCAGUACAUCCAAUAUAUCCGAUGCAUCCAAUACAUCAAGCCAUAUUCCCCAAGGAACAGAAACAAGAGAAAUUCCUGCUAGUGACUUUCUUUUUACGAAGCUUCAUCCCAUUCAUGACUUUCCAUCGCCUCACUUGUCUGUUACCGACUUGGAACGAUCCAAUGUUACGCAGCAACAUCUCCACUUUAAAACAGGUAAAGACGAAUAUCAGCUGGCUUUGUUAGAAUUACAAGAGAAUUCAACUACAGACCAAGCUAUUCAUCGUGUACGCCCGUGGCAAUACGACAGCAUGCCGAAGCCUCAAGAUCUAGAGCAUCGCUAUCGACCAGGUGAAAUCGAGCCUCAAGAUGUGUGCGCGACAAUAUACAAAGACACUCCGGAGGCGUACUACGACGAUUGUAUUCAGCUAUCGAAUAUAAUUAACAACUAUCUUCAGUCACCAAUAAGUGACAAGGACCCUAGGACUGUCCAGGGGGAGACUGCUUGGGGCAAACGGAUAAUAACUCCGGAAUUUGUUAAAUAUUUGCGACACAAACCGACGGAUUCUGCUCGGUGGCAUGUUCGUCGAGCAUACAGCCCAUACCUGCCCGGCGGUGAUGGAGUCUUGACCAGGAUAAACCUCACAUUAUAUGCCACAUGGUUGAUAACAUACCAGUGGAGAAGAACAUGCUUAGAGCCAGCGAACUUAAAGCUAUCUGCUGGAUGGCAGUCGCCCAAUAUUAUGUGCCUGAAUUCAUCGACCUACCAACCUUUUCAACCACUCUCAUAUCAAUAUAUGAUCGCCAGAUCUCCAUAAUACAAGGCAUAGUCGAUUUUGUAAAGCUAACUGUUGCUCCUCGCGUCUCCGAUUGGAUUGAUUUUGAGGAGGGCCUCGCUCCCGG